CGGCCCGAGGCGGGGCGGGGCCGGGCGCGAUGCCGUGGUUCCCGGUGAAGAAGAUCCGCAAACAGAUCAAGCUGCUGCUCCUGCUGGUGCUGCUCACCUGCGCCGCGUGGCUCACGUACGUGCACCUGAACCUGGUGCGCCAGGGCCGCGCGCUGCGCCAGCGGCUGGGCUACGGGCGAGAUGGUGAGAAGCUGAGCGGUGUGACAGAGGGCAGGGGCGUCCGGGCUGCGCUGUCCACACAGAGGGCAGAGGACUCCAGCGAGAGUCGUGAGGAGGAGCAGGUGCCGGAAGGACAGGACCCAAACAUGCUGUUUCCUGUGGGGGCUGGAAAGCCACCCCCUCUGAACCUCACCCAUCAGGUGCCCCCGUGGUGGGAAGAGUACAAGGGCCAGGUGAACCUGCAUGUGUUUGAGGACUGGUGUGGAGGCGCCGUGGGCCAUCUGAGGAGGAACCUGCACUUCCCGCUGUUCCCGCACACUCGCACCACCGUGAAGAAGUUGGCUGUGUCCCCCAAGUGGAAGAACUAUGGACUACGGAUUUUCGGCUUCAUCCACCCAGCCAGAGAUGGAGAUGUCCAGUUCUCUGUGGCUUCGGAUGACAACUCUGAGUUCUGGCUGAGCCCAAAUGAGAGCCCGGCGGGUGCCCAGCUGGUGGCCUUUGUGGGCAAGACUGGCUCAGAGUGGACGGCACCUGGGGAAUUCACCAAGUUCAGCUCACAGGUGUCCAAGCCCAAGCGGCUCAUGGCCUCCCGGAGGUACUACUUUGAGCUGCUGCACAAGCAGGAUGACCGAGGCUCAGACCACGUGGAAGUGGGCUGGCGAGCCUUCCUGCCGGGACUGAAGUUUGAGGUCAUAGGCUCUGCUCACAUCUCCCUGUACACAGAUGAAUCAUCCCUGAAGAUGGACCAUGUGGCCCAUGUCCCCCAGUCUCCAGCCAGCCACGUGGGGGGACGCCUGCCACAGGAGGAGCCCAGAGCUGACAUGCUGCGCCCAGACCCCCGAGACACCUUCUUCCUCACACCUCGGGUAGAGCCUUCGAGUCUGGAGAACGUGCUGGAGCCCUGCGCCUACGCCCCCACCUACGUCGUCAAGGACUUUCCCAUUGCGAGAUACCAGGGACUGCAGUUUGUGUACCUGUCCUUUGUCUACCCCAAUGACCACACGCGCCUCACACACAUGGAGACAGAAAACAAGUGCUUCUACCGCGAGUCACCGCUGUACUUGGAAAGGUUUGGGUUCUAUAAAUACAUGAAGAUGGACAGGGAGGAGGGAGAGGAAGAUGAGGAGGAAGAGGUGCAGCGCCGAGCCUUCCUCUUCCUCAACCCGGACGACUUCCUGGACGACGAGGACGAGGGCGAGCUGCUAGACAGCCUGGAGCCCACCGAGGCGUCCCCCCUGCAGAGCCGACUCUCUGCGGCCGCGCCCGGAGCCACGCCUACCCCGCCAGCACCUCCCAGCCCCCAAGACCUGCCCGCGCCCAGGCGCUCCCGGGCGCUGAGCUGGGCCAACCCUGCCGCGCGCCCCCUGCCCCUCUUCUUGGGCCGCGCCCUGCGCCCCCACGCUGCUGCCGCUGACCAGCCGCCCCCGAAAGUGUAUGUGACGCGGGUGCGGCCGGGGCUGCGGGCGCCCCCGCGGGCCCUGCCGCCUCUCAGCCCACGCGGCCCCCCCUGGCCGCCCUUCCCCGGAGUCUUCCUCCGUCCCAGACCGCUUCCCCGGGUGCAGCUGCGGGCGCCCCCACGCCCGCCCCGGCCUCGGGGCCGCAGGACCGGUGGCUCCCAGGCCCCAGAGCCGAGGCCCCCAGCCUGGGCGCAGGCCACCCAGGGGAGCCGGGAGGGCCAGCCACGCAUGCUGGGACGCAGGGCACCCACCGCGGCCUCCAACCUGUCGUCAGAAGCGCAGCCCGUGACCUCCUUCCUGAGCCUGUCCCAGGUGUCCAGGGUGCAGCUGCCUGGGGCGCGCGGGGAGGAAGAGGAGGCGGACGACGACCGCGCACGCGGCGAGGACGCGGACAGCGAGGAGGCCGCGGGAGCCCCCCCAGGCCGCUGGCGCGAGGACGCCAUUGACUGGCAGCGCACGUUCAGCGUGGGCGCCGUGGACUUCGAGCUGCUGCGCUCCGACUGGAACGACCUGCGCUGCAACGUGUCGGGGAACCUGCAGCUGCCCGAGGCCGAGGCCGUGGACGUGGUAGCGCAGUACAUGGAGCGGCUCAAUGCUCGGCACGGCGGGCGCUACGCGCUUCUGCGCAUCGUGAACGUGGAGAAGCGCCGCGACUCCGCGCGCGGCAGCCGUUUCCUGCUGGAGCUGGAGCUGCAGGAGCGCGGCGCUGGCCGCCGGCGGCUGUCCGAGUACGUCUUCCUGCGACUGCCCGGAGCCCACGCGGGAGACCCCGACUCGGACGCAGAGAGUCCGGAGCCCGCCCCGGCCGCCCCCACGCGCCCCGACGGCCGCCCCGAGCUGUGCCGGCCGCUGCGCCUGGCCUGGCGCCAGGACGUGAUGGUACACUUCAUCGUGCCAGUGAAGAACCAGGCGCGCUGGGUGGCGCAGUUCCUGGCAGACAUGGCUGCGCUGCACGCGCGCACGGACGACUCGCGCUUCAGCGUCAUCCUGGUGGACUUCGAGAGCGAGGACAUGGACGUGGAGCGGGCCCUGCGCUCUGCGCGGCUGCCCCGGUACCAGUACUUGAGGCGAACUGGAAACUUUGAGCGCUCGGCAGGCUUGCAAGCUGGAGUGGAUGCGGUGGAGGACGCCAGCAGCAUCGUUUUCCUCUGUGAUCUGCACAUCCAUUUCCCCCCCAACAUCCUGGACUGCAUCCGCAAACACUGUGUGGAGGGCAAGCUGGCCUUUGCGCCUGUGGUCAUGCGCCUAGGCUGUGGGAGCUCGCCGGGGGACCCGCAUGGCUACUGGGAGGUGAACGGCUUUGGCCUCUUUGGGAUCUACAAGUCAGACUUUGACCGCGUCGGAGGCAUGAACACCGAGGAGUUCCGGGACCAGUGGGGGGGCGAGGAUUGGGAGCUCCUGGACAGGGUCCUGCAGGCAGGGCUGGAGGUGGAGCGACUCCGACUGCGGAAUUUCUACCACCACUACCACUCCAAGCGGGGCAUGUGGGGCGCACGUGGCCGGAAAGGCUCCCGCACGGAGGGACCCUGAAGACCAGGCCAACCCCCCAGCCCCUGGCCACAGGCCCAUGGUGGGGGCUGGAGGCCGGGCCCUGAGCCUGGUCCCUGGGAAGCCGGCAGGGUUCAUCACAGGGGAAUGGCCACCACCGGUGCCUGGCCCAGCGAGGCCGCUGCCCCCUUUGUGCCCCUCCCCAGAGAGGCAGCCUUCACAGCUGGUUGGGGCCUGGACUUGGUCUCCAUACUCUGUGCGAUGAUUUCUGUGAAAUUUUGCCGUAGCGAUGACAUUGUUUUCAGGAUUUCCGAGAGUUCUGUCUGUUCUGUUUUUUAUUCAGAAUGAAAUGAAAUAUUUUUUUUAGUUC